AUGGAAGACUUGAAAAAAGAAUUAGAUAAAUUAUCAGGACUUGGAAAUCAAGUUGAAAAUGAUGAAAUAUUUGUUGAUAAUGUUUCAAAUAGUAAAAUUUUAACAUACAGUUGGGAAGAAUUUUAUAGUAAAUGUAAACAAUUUGAAAAUGGUGAAGAAUUAUUAUUAUUAUUAUUAACAUGGGUUGAAAUAAUAAUUAAAUUUCAAUCAAUAAUAUCAAAGGACAAUAAUAAUAUUAAUCAAUUAAAAUUACAUAAUUCUUGGUUUGAAAAAAAAAGAUUUAUUUUAAAUAAAUUAUCAAUUUUAUCAACAUCUGGUAAUACAUUAAUUCAAUUUUGUAAAAUUUUAAAUAUUACAUCAAAUGAUUUAAAUAAUACUAAAAAUGAAGAUGAAAAUCAAGAUGAAAAUGAAAUUUCAAUAUCACAUUUAAUAAUUGAAUUAUCAAAAAUGAAUAAUGAAAUUAAAAUUGAUCAAAUUAAACAACUUUUUAAAUUUGGUCUAAAUGUUAAUCAAAUUUAUAAAUUUAAAACACCAUUGGAUUGUGCCGCAGAACAAAAGAAUAUUGAAUUAUUUAAAGAAUUGAUUGAAUUGGGUUGUGGUGAAUUUUCAUCACAUUGUAUAAUAAAUAAAUUAUUUUAUAAACAAUUAUCGUAUGAACAAAAAGUUGAAUUAAAACCAUACAUGAUGAAAUUGUUUAAUAGAAAUCCAAAACUAUCAUUCAGAAUUUGUUUUGACCAAUUAUUCCCAUCAGAGAAAAAUGUGAAUGAAAUUUCAUAUAAAUUUGAAACUUCAACAAUGGGUCAAAGAUAUAUAAGUGAUGAAAUAUUUCAAAAGAUUUUUCAAUUUGGUAUAGAUUUUAAAAAUCAACCAUCAAAUUACUCACGUAGACCAGUUGCAUCAGUUGAAGAUGAAGUAUUGGGGUUAAAAUUAUAUGUUGAAUUUGAGCCUGUUGCACCAUCAAUGACAAAGGCCUCAACAAGAUUCUCACAACAUUUAUUGCAAAUCGAUAAUUUACCAGAUACAGAAUUCUCUAUAAUCACUUUAAAUAAUGGUACAACCUAUCCUUUAUUAAUAAUGCAAAAUGUUUAUAAUGCUGAAAGUUUAUUAAAAUUAUUACAAUCAAAAACACAAAAUGAUUUACAAAAAAUUGAAAAUAUUGACCCAUUAAGUAUCUCAAAAUUAAUUACAUCAACAAUUUUAAUAAAUCCAAGUGGUGGUUCAUUAUCUGAUUAUUUAAUUUCACCAAUUUUAAAAAAUGAUCAACAGCAACAAAAGUAUAAUAUUAUACCAAUUAAUACAGAUCAACCAUUUGUUGAAUCAUCAAAUGUUAGUAUUGGUUUGUUCUUUUUAAAUCAAAUGAAUGAUCAAGUUCAUCCACAUUUAAUUAAAUUAAUUAAAUCAAUUGAUAUACAUCAAUUUUUAACAGAAUGGAGAUUAACAUUAAAACAACUUCAUGAAUUUUCAGUUGAUUUAAUUUAUAAUAAAAAUAUUGAAAAAUUAAAUAAUGGUAUUGAUGGUGGCAGUGGUGGUGGUGGUAAUGGUGGUGAUAAUGGUGAUUUAACAAAAUUAAGAUAUGCUGGUAUUAUACCUGGUACUAUUUUAACAAUGUAUUCAAAAUUAAUUACAUUAAAGAAUGAAUUAUUAAAAGAAAGAAAAAAACCAAUAACUCAUUGGAAAUUAUUAUCAAUUUUAGAACCAAAAGUUGCAGCUCGUUAUUCCCAAUUCAUUAUUGAACAACAAAUUUCAACCAAUUCUUCAAUUAUUCAAAGUUAUCAAAAUUUUAAUCAAAAAUCAAUUUUUUCAAUUUUUACUGAAACUUUUAAAUUUAACAAUCAACAACAACAACAACCAUUGGAAAUUGAUGUAAAUCGUGAAAUUGAAAAUGAAGAAUUAAUAUUUUUAAAAUUUAUUAAUACAAAACAUAUAAUUAAUGAAGAUAUUUUAAAAAUUUCAAAAUUAACACCAGCAACAAUUCAAAAAAUUAUAAAAACUUUAGAUUUUUCAAAUUAUGAUAAUAAAAUUAUAAAUUGUUUAUUUAAAAAUAUUUUACAACAAAAUGGUUCAAUUAAAGAAUUAUUUAUAAAGAAUUGUAAAUCGUUAACUUUUGAAACAUUAAAAUCAUUUUCAAUAUUUCAAGAGUUAUAUAUUGGAUCAAUUAGAAAAUUAUCAAUUAUUGGGUGUUCAAAAAUUUAUGAAAUCUCUGAAAAAGGUGUUUUUAAUAGUUUAUUUGGUACAACUAAACAAUUAACAAUGAAUUCAUUAGUUAAAUUAGAAGUUGAUAGAUGUAGUAGUUUAACCACUUUAAAAUUAAAUACACCAAAUUUAUUAACUCUUAGUGCAAUUGAUUGCUCCCAAUUAAGGGUUUUUGAUGUUUUUGCACCAAAAUUAAAAAAAUUAAGAAUUCAAGCUAAUAAAGUUGGUUUAGAAACUUUUAAUGUAAUUUCAACAUUUUCAAAUUUAGAGUAUUUAGAUAUUAGUAGAAUUGUAUCACCAUCAACAAAUGAUUCAAUCAUUUCAUUAGAUUUGGAUUUAUGGAAGAAUAUUGAAAUUUUAAUAUCAAAAGAUGUUUUAUCAAUUGAUAAAGUUAUCAUAUCAAAAUUAGAAAAAUUAAAAACUUUAGAUUUUACUGGUUGUUCUUCAUUAAGAGAAUUUGAAAUUAAAAAUGAAACAAUAAUUAUCAAUAAUUGUCCAAAUUUAAAAACUUUAUCUUUAAAAGGUACAUUGAUUAAUAAUGAUCAAAAAUAUCAUUUAUUACAAACAAUUUCCUAA